AUGAAUCAAUAAUUAGAUGACUCAAAAGAGAGUGCAAAAUCUCAAUCACUAGAAAGAUAUCUACAAAUUGAAUCUACUAAGAAUUCCUUAUCUCCACUCAGAUAAGUAUAAACUACAAGAGUCAAUUAUGAGUCAUCUAUACUAAAGCUUCAGAAUGGGAAAUAUACUAAUUCAUCAAUUGCAUUUAAGGAUGCCCUUAAUAAGAAGAAAUGUGAACUGAUUAAGAAGCCAUAAAAAUCAGUUGUCGAAAUCCCUAAGAAACCAAUUUAAUAACAAUAAAAACCUGUCAAAAGUAUGAAAAAUAACUAUAAUAUAGAAUUUGAUAAAGUAUAAGAAAAUAUAAAACAAUCUUAAAUGAAGUCUGAGGAAGUGAAAAAGAAAAAAGAAGAGUAAAAAUAAAAGGAAGACCAAGAUAAAUAGAAAAAUGAAGCUGUUUUAGAAUCUGAUGAAGGUAAUAAAUAAAAUUAAAUUUUUUAUAGCAUUUUUAGAAACUGUGAAUAGAUUGUAUGAUUUUGAGAAAAGAAGAACUAAGUAAAUAUAAAAAUUAGUGGAUGAAGAGAAAAAUAAAGAGAAAUAAUAAUUAUAAGCUAGACCAUUCUUAAAUCAGAAGAGUUGCAUUUUGUUAGAUAGAAAAUUAAAAUAAUUGAUUGAAGAAGAUGAGUCAUAUAAGCAAAUUUGUUAAUUUAAAGAUAUGUCUGUGUAAGCUGAUUUGUUACCAAGUUUACCAAAAAUAAAAGAUUUCUAAAUAAUUAAGUAUUAUAAAAGAUUAAUAUAAGCUAAAAGAAUUUAAACUUAAACAAAUCUUAACAAUAGAUAACAAUUGUUAUAGAAUAAGAUUUGAAAGAAUAAGCAGAGGUGGCUGAAGAUGUUUAAUAUAAAUAAGAUCAAAAUCAUAAGAUAGUUUAAACUUAAGAGAUUAAAUUUAAAGUGAGUGAUACUAUCAAAAAAUAAGUGUAAGGAUAAUAGACAGUAGAGAUAAAACAAUUAUAAGAGAAAGAAACACCAAAAAAAUAGAAGGUAAAUAAUUAAAGACAAAAGAGAUAAGAAAUUAUGGAAUAAUAGGGAUAAAGAAUCAAGACUGAAUGUGAAUACUAUGUUCCUAUUCAUAUAAGAUAAUAAUAAAUUAUAUAGAAAAAAUAAGAAUGGGUUAAAUAAUAAUAAGAAAUGAAGAAAUAGUAGGAAGAAGAAUAAGAGAAGUAAUUUUAGGAAUUAUGGGAAAAGGAAAAAGAGAAAUAUAAGAAAAAUAGUGUGGGAGAAGUAAAUGUUGAAGAAUUUGUUAAUCAAUAAAUAAGUUGGUUAGAAAAGAGAAAUGAUCAUAUUUUGACUGAACAAAUCAAAAAAGAUAAAGAAAUUGUUUAAAAAUUAACAUUUAAACCAUAAAUUUAAAAAAGAGGAUCUAAUAAUUAAGAUAAGAAUGAAAAAGUAGAGUUAAGAUUAUUGGAUUAUUAAUAGAAGAAAUAAGAAAAUUUACUUAAACUAGAAAAUAAAUAUUUACCAACAUUUAAACCUAAUUUAACAUAAAAAUCAGUAAUUUUAUUUACAUUAAUACCUUAGUUAUUGAAUCUAGAUUGGGUUUCAAAAAGUGUUAGUAAUGCUUCAUUUAAUAAUCUUUGGUCAUGA